AUGCUGUCACCCUGCUGUCACCUUGCUGUCACCAUGCUGUCACCCUGCUGUCAACCUGCUGUCACCAUGCUGUCACCCUGCUGUCACCUUGCUGUCACCAUGCUGUCACCAUGCUGUCAACCUGCUGUCACCCUGCUGUCACCCUGCUGUCACCCUGCUGUCACCUUGCUUUCACCCUGCUGUCACCUUGCUGUCACCCUGCUGUCACCAUGCUGUCACCCUGCUGUCACCUUGCUGUCACCAUGCUGUCACCCUGCUGUCACCCUGCUGUCACCCUGCUGUCACCUUGCUGUCACCAUGCUGUCAACCUGCUGUCACCCUGCUGUCACCCUGCUGUCACCCUGCUGUCACCUUGCUGUCACCCUGCUGUCACCCUGCUGUCACCAUGCUGUCACCCUGCUGUCACCCUGCUGUCACCUUGCUGUCACCCUGCUGUCACCCUGCUGUCACCCUGCUGUCACCUUGCUGUCACCUUGCUGUCACCCUGCUGUCACCCUGCUGUCACCCUGCUGUCACCUUGCUGUCACCUUGCUGUCAACCUGCUGUCACCCUGCUGUCACCCUGCUGUCACCUUGCUCUCACCCUGCUGUCACCUUGCUCUCACCCUGCUGUCACCUUGCUGUCACAAGGAAGCUUUGA